AGCAAGGCAGGUACGGAUUGGCGGGCGGCCCUCUCCGCCUCCGCCGGUGAAGGUGAAAGUCUCCUCCAGGCGGGCAGCGGAUUUGCACUGUUGGGAGCCGCAGCUGGUGGUGGUGCCGGUGCUGCUGCUGCUUGGGAUCCCCUCCGCCAUGGCUCCCGUAGCAGGAUCUGUCUUUGCCGACGUUCCCAAAGCCGCCCCGGUGGCGGUUUUCCAGCUCACGGAAGAUUUCCGCGCUGACGAGGAUCCUCGCAAGGUCAACCUCGGAGUGGGAGCUUAUCGCACAAAUGAAGGACAGCCAUGGGUAUUGCCAGUUGUCCGGAAAGUGGAAAUGAUGAUUGCCAAGAAUACCAAUUUGAAUCAUGAAUAUCUACCUAUUCUGGGUUUGCCGGAGUUCCGUGCCAAUUCCUCACGAAUUGCACUAGGAGAGGAUAGCCCAGCCAUCAAAGAGAACAGGGUGGGAGGUGUCCAAUCCUUGGGCGGCACUGGAGCUCUCCGUAUUGGAGCAGAGUUUUUGAGACGGUGGUAUAAUGGAACCAAUAACACAGCUACCCCUAUCUAUAUUUCUGAUCCUUCCUGGGAAAACCAUAGAUCUGUCUUUAUGGAUGCUGGCUUCAAUGAUAUCCGGAGCUAUCGCUACUGGGAUGCGGCAAAUAGGGGUCUGGACAUUAAAGGAUUCCUUUCUGAUUUGGAGAGUGCACCAGAGUUUUCCAUCUUCAUCCUCCAUGCUUGCGCUCAUAAUCCCACGGGCACCGACCCCACUCAGGAGCAGUGGAAACAAAUUGCUGCUGUUAUGAAGCGCCGGUUCCUGUUCCCAUUCUUUGACUCUGCCUACCAAGGCUUUGCCUCAGGUUGCCUGGAUAGAGAUGCUUGGGCUGUACGCUUCUUUGUAUCGGAGGGCUUUGAACUCUUCUGUGCCCAAUCCUUCUCAAAAAAUUUUGGCUUGUACAAUGAGCGAGUGGGAAAUCUGUCCGUUGUGGCAAAGGAUGCGGAUAACAUGAAACGUGCCCUGUCACAGAUGGAAAAGAUUGUCCGUACUACUUGGUCUAACCCGCCCUCUCAGGGAGCACGAAUUGUGGCUACAACACUCACCACACCAGAGCUUUUUGCUGAGUGGAAGGACAAUGUGAAGACAAUGGCAGAUCGGGUCCUGCAGAUGCGGGCAGAACUUCGGUCUCGGCUUGAGGCUCUCAGCACACCAGGCACUUGGCAUCACAUUACAGAGCAGAUUGGCAUGUUUAGCUUUACUGGCCUCAACAUUAAGCAAGUGCAAUAUCUGAUCAAGGAGAAACACAUCUACCUGAUGUCCAGUGGCCGUAUCAACAUGUGUGGCUUGACCACAAAGAACCUGGAUUAUGUCGCUAAGUCCAUCUAUGAAGCAGUCACCAAAAUCUAGCAAAUCUGAAAUUGGGCAUUGCAUAUAUGUCACUUCCAUAGUAUUUUAACUGUUUUAAGAUGCAAGCUAUCACUGUUAGGGGAAAUUUUUGCACAAGAAUAGCCAAGGCAGGUGAGCAAAGAGCACCACUUAACUUUUCCCCAUUACCAUUUUUAUGCUUCAAAUCCUUUCCUCCCUGAAAUUGCUCAUUGUGAAUAUGAGAAAGAGAAAGAAUAUUGUUACAUUUCCAUAUGUGUGAAAAAUUAUGGAGGAAAAUUGAUAAUUGUAUACAUUCAAAAAAAAAAUUAAGGAAUCCUCUAAAUCAUUUUGUCAGCUGCUAACUUUACUAAAUUCCAAAUCAGUCUUAGGAUUUGGGAGAUUAAAAACAAAAAGAUAGAACUUAACAUGCAGUUGCAUGCAAUAGUGUGACCUGACCUUUAAUAGCCUGAAGAAACUGUCUCCUUCCGUUUUAUCAAGCUGGUAGUCUCACUGUCCUUUAUCUUUGUUGCUCAGGAGUAAGUGGGAACUGCAAUUGUCCCAAAAGUGUCUUCUUGCCUCUUGAUAGGUGUCUAGGUAUCCAUGUGUCAGUGGGACUGAAACUAAAACGUGUUCCUUCUAUAUGUGAGCUGUCAAUUUGCACAUUUAGAAUUAAUAGCACCUGCUUCUAGAAUGGAAGCAUACAACCAUUUCUGGAUGCCUUGUAUGUGUAUAUUCUGCACUUUAUGUAACUGACCCCAUCUGACCGGAGCCUGAUGAAGCAAGAGGACAGUGCCCCAGGGGCGGAUACCAAAAUAAUUAGUCUAGCAGUUACGGGCUGUGUGGGGUUUUUCAGGAAGCAAGAUUGUAAUUACUGCUGGCUUUCAGUCUCGCAUGAACUAAGACUGUAACCAUAAUUGUACCUUAUCCCUCAAUGCAGAAUAAAUAAAUAUUUCUUCAUGUAGCUCCCA